CAACAUAUCCAGCAGAUCGUCGUCUUCUUCUGGGUUUAUUUUACAAGUCAAGAAGCAUGAAACUCGGCUCAGUUCUACUUCUGCUGCUCCUUCUGGGGACGUGCUCGGCCUACACUUAUCAAAAUGUGGCCUUGCGUGGAAAAGCCACCCAGUCACAUCGGUACGCAGAUGCGUAUGGAAUUGCUUCCAAUGCCAUCGAUGGAAACCGUGAAUCGAACUAUGCGGCCGGAUCGUGCACUGCCACUAUCACACAGACCAACCCCUGGUGGAGAGUGGACCUGCUGGAGUCCUACAUCGUCACCUCCGUCGUCAUCACCAACAGAGGAGACUGCUGUGCAGAACGGCUCAACGGAGCUGAGAUCCACAUCGGCAACUCUUUACAAGAUAAUGGUGUCGCAAACCCAGUGGCUGCUGUAAUUUCACACAUCCCAGCGGGCAGGUCUUUAAAAAUGUCUUUUACCAGACGUGUGGAGGGACGUUAUGUCACUGUGGUUCUACCUGGUUUAGGAAGACUCCUCACACUCUGUGAAGUGGAAGUCUACGGGUACCGGGCCCCAACUGGAGAGAACCUGGCCCUCCAAGGAAAAGCCGCACAGUCGUCACUGUAUUCUACAGGCACUGCAUAUUAUGCCAUCGAUGGGAAUCGUGCCAGCUACUGGGGCCAGGGUUCUUGUACUCACACGAAGGCUGACUUUAACCCCUGGUGGCGCCUGGACCUGGGGAAAACCCACAGAGUGUUUUCUGUCAACAUAACCAACACUAUAGAUUCUGUCCCACAACGACUCAAUGGAGCCGAGAUCCGAAUUGGAGAUUCUCUUGAAAACAAUGGCAACAACAAUCCCAGGUGUGCUGUGAUCUCAAGCAUCCCCGGAGGUUUCACUGAGACCUUCCAGUGCGACGGGAUGGACGGUCGCUACCUUAACAUCGUCAUUCCUGGAAGAGCCGAGUACCUGACCCUGUGUGAGGUGGAGGUCUACGGCUCAGUACUAGAUUAGGUUCAAAAUGCAAAACAAUGACAUUUUACAUUGUACAUACUUGCAAUCAUAGCUUUAGAUUCACUUGUUAGUUUGUUUGUCUCAAGCUACUCUAGUAUAAAGAUAUAGAUAGAUAGAUUGUGUGAA